GCUUCUACGCACUCGAUUGCCUCCUUGAGGCGCCUUCUUGUCUCUGUCAACAAGAAGCGUCUGGAUGCCUGAACUCCAACCCCCGCGCUGAUAUGUGGCUGAAGGGACAUAACGUUACAUCAGCCCCUGCGGAGGAGCGAGGGAAAUUUCAGCUCGGCGUGAUACCACUUCUCGGUAUCCUUUGCAAGGACGCUCGCGUUCGCGCCUGCCAACAUGCAGGUUGUCUGGAAAAGAAGAAGGUCAUGGCUAGUAUUGCUCCCGGUUGCAGCUGGGAAGCGUUCCGAGAUUGGGCACUGGUGGCCAUGUCCUGCCAGGCCACCUGCCGUAUAAACAGAAACACGAAGACAAAUCUCGUCCAUUUCCACCUAGCGAACGCGGUCAGAGGCUGCGUACGCAUCUUGGGAGAAUACAGGGAUUUCCCAGAACAAUUUAGUGAAUAUCGUGACGGGUUCGGAACCCACAUUUCCGAUUUGGUGGGUAUCUGUGAUCUCGUCCAUUGGAUGGCAAUGAUCCAGUCCUCUAUGGGCAUCGAUUUGGGCUUUGAAAAAUGGGAUCAUCAGUUUCUACCGCCUCACAUCAGCCUCCGUCGCAAUGUUGAGGCGCGGAACAAAGCGAGGCAAUUGACGAUUUGCAAGACUCAGCUGUGGAAUGCUGUCAGUCUUGCCGAGCGGACACUCAGUGACUUUCCAGCUAUUGUAGAUGCUUUGGGUGAAGCCAGAGCCCUCUGCCACGAUCACGAUGGGCGACAUCAGCAUUGUACACCAACCCGAUGUCAGGUUGCCCACAUGAACACCACAAGAGUUGGACAACUACAUAAGUGUCCCGAUACUACCGAGUGUUCCUUACACCUAUUUGACCUGGCAGACCUUUUACCAGCUGUCGAACGUGGAAACAAAACAGCCUGGCUCUUGGACCUCUUGCAUCCACGACUGGCGAGAGCGGACGAAAAAUACAUCGCUAUCUCACAUGUCUGGUCAGAUGGAACUGGUGUUGGAAUCGAGGGCCACGGACGAGUGAAUCGCUGUCUUUCUACCUACUUUGCAAACCUGGCACGUAGGCUUGGUUGUGUUGCCAUUUGGUGGGACACGCUUUCUAUUCCACUCGAUGAUAAGGCCCGCGCUCAAGCACUGAGCGAAAUGCACAACAAUUACGCCCACGCAGAGUUUACGGUGGUGCACGACUCCUAUCUUCUGGCAACAGACUAUACCGAUCCCGGAACGGCUUGCCUGGCAAUCAUGCUGUCUCCAUGGUUUACAAGGGGUUGGACGGCUUUGGAAUUUGCUAUGUCCAACACAGUAAAGGUUCUUUUCAAGGGUUCGGACCCCAUGACACCUGAUAUUAAGGAUUUGGAACUUGACAUUCUUGCCAGCAGCCCUGCCACUGUAUCACGCACCCAUUGGCUAGCAUCUUGCAUGAUUCGUCGUGUCCGUAAGCGUGGUGAGGCUACGAAUCAUAUCACCGAUCUCUUGGCCAUCUUGAGGCCGAGGACAACAAGCUGGUUAAGGGACCGUACUGUAAUUACUGGAUUACUGGCCAAGGUCAAAUGGGACUAUACCGACGACGAGAGCGAAAUCAUCCGCAAGAUAAUUGUGCACCUGGGCUCUGUGCCCUACAAUAGCCUGUUACAUGGUCAAUCAACCAUGUUCGAAUGUGGGCCGUUUUCGUGGUGUCCCGCUUCGUUUGACGACAUGCCGAUGGACAUAGGAACCGACAUGAAUGGUGACCUAACCAAUACGAAAGGGAAUCGGAUGCUUGAGGUUGACAGAAAAGGGAUACUGACGGGCCUUUGGAGCUGUCGUGGAUUGAGCCAAGCUGAAGUCGAACAGAGAACAUUACAGCCUUAUGGUCGCCAUCCUGAAAUACUUCUCAGGGUCCAGUCUGCACUUAUUCAUUGGGAAUGCUGCCUGCUACUGAAAGGCGCCGCCCAAACCAACGAUGAAGAGCCGUUCCUACUGGUAACAACGUUUGGCUUGGAUGAGGGCGCGGACUAUUCCGCCAUCAUUGACUGCAUGUAUGUUGGCGCCGUGGUGUCGGCUCGAGGAUACGACAGAGACCGUGAUAUAGAGCUGGACCAAAUUGCACCUUGGGGCUGUUAUGAAAUUCGACUGGGCAAAGAAACCGAGAAAUCCUGUGAGGGGCGAAAUGCGUGCGACUUGCUCAAUAAGGCAGAUGAGAUGGAAGACGCCUUUUUCGAGCAAAAGCGUCUGAGAGCCUCGCAAGGAGACCCGUGGCAUCCAGGCACGCUGCCAAAAACUUAUGAGAAGUAUACUAUACAUCAACUUGCGGAAGCAGACAGCACGAUGCUCGAUGCACAACUGACCCAGGCAGUUGAUCAGUUCAACAGCGGAGCCAUGAGGCACUUGAUCAGGCAAAACGCCGAGUUCUCCCCCGACCAGGUAGAAAGAUUGGAAGAAAGAGGUUGGUACAAGCUCAAGCACUUAGGUGAUGCUUACCUUGCCGUGGGCAUGCGAGAAAAGGGGGACGAAAUGUACACACGUGCGACAACGCUGCUCUUUAGCAAGCAGAACCUGGCAGACACUUUGAAUACUCAGUCCAUGGACGAGUUCAGCGAGGUCUUUUCAUUCCAAGGAAGAAGGGACUUGACAGAAAGGAUGUACAAACGUGUGCGAGACGAAAGUAGUGACGUCGUCCUAGGACAGGGCUUCUUCAAAAGGCUUGCUAUUUCAAAACUCGAAGAGAUGACACAUCGAUGGCUCGUGCAAUGAAUGGUUUAGUAGGAAUGGCAGCACCGCGCAUUAUAGAUAUGUUACAUUUAUAUUGUAAUAAAACGCAUAACUUUUUCGGAUAACUAUAAAUGUCAUGUAACUGGAAAACCUUGAAUCUAUGUUAAAAGAAAUUCGGAAUAGCGAUUCAAGAUCCUUUCCACAAGGUCCAAAUUCUUAGGCAAGUCGCUUCCCGCAUUUCGAUCUAGAGAGCGAGAUUGCGAGAUAACGAAGGAAUUCGUUGACCGAAGCUCGAAUAGUCAGUAAGCCAAUUGUAGUUCAAUUAGACUAUUAUGUCAACUGUAGAUCAACCGCAGUCCAAUCAGACUA